AUGGUCGAAACAACGUCGAUCCAACGGUUCCCGAUCAAGUUCCCGAUGCUGCAGCCACCGUCUCCGCUCCUGGAGAUGGCUUCCCUGCGUCUGCCGGACUCCGAGGAGUUCGACGUCGACACGCGUCGUAGAAGCAACAACGGAAAUGUUCAGACCACGACCGUGUCCCCGGUGCAGCCCGCCACCGGCACCCUACUGCAGAUGAGGAACGACCUGGGUGACUAUCUGAACAACCUGAUCGCAGAGGCGAUCACCACCAGCCCGAGGACCUCCAUGGACGAGCACGGAGGCCUUCUGAACGCCAGCAAAACCGACAACCUGUCCACCGCCGAACAGAUACCUGACCGAUUGUACAGGCACAGCAUGGCCAUGUCGGCGGUGUACUGUGUCGCCUACGUCCUCGUCUUCGUGGUCGGACUGAUCGGGAACAGUUUCGUCAUCGCGGUUGUGUACCGGUCGCCGCGGAUGAGGACCGUCACGAACUUCUUCAUCGUCAACCUCGCGGUAGCCGACGUCCUCGUCAUCGUGUUCUGCCUGCCUGCCACCCUGAUGAGCAACAUCUUUGUCCCAUGGUUUCUGGGAUGGUUCAUGUGUAAAGCAGUCGCUUACAUACAGGGCGUUUCUGUGGCGGCCUCUGUAUAUAGCCUUGUUGCGGUUUCCUUGGACAGGUUCCUGGCGAUCUGGUGGCCGCUGAAAUGCCAAAUAACGAAACGUCGUGCCCGGAUGAUGAUAGUGGUGAUCUGGUUCAUCGCCCUGACGACCACAUCUCCCUGGCUGCUGUUCUUCGACCUGGUGUCCAUAUACGACGACGAUCCUGACCUAAGGCUGUGCCUAGAGGUGUGGCCGCACCCCGAGGACGGCACCCUCUUCUUUCUGAUCGGGAACCUGACUCUCUGCUACGUUCUUCCGACGAUCCUGAUCUCCCUGUGCUACAUACUCAUCUGGAUCAAGGUCUGGCGACGGCACAUACCGACGGACACGAAAGACGCCCAGAUGGAGAGGAUACAGCAGAAGUCGAAGGUGAAGGUGGUGAAGAUGCUGGUCGUGGUGGUGAUACUGUUCGUAUUGUCAUGGCUGCCUCUGUACGUGAUCUUCACGGUGAUCAAGCUGGGUGGCGACGUGGUCGACAGGGAGGACGAGAUCCUGCCCAUCGCCACGCCGAUCGCCCAGUGGCUGGGCGCGAGCAACUCCUGCAUCAACCCGAUUCUGUACGCGUUCUUCAACAAGAAGUAUCGGCGCGGCUUCGUCGCGAUCCUGAAGAGCGGCCGCUGCUGCGGCAAGAUCAGGUACUACGAGACGGUCGCGAUGAUGUCCUCCUCGACGAGCAUGAGGAAGUCGUCGUACUACGUGAACAACAACAACAACAACUCGUCGACCAGACGGACCUUCCAUGGGCCCCCGGUGCACCAGGAGAGCAACGUGUCCUACAUAUUCAACCACACUGGCGUCUAA